GUCUAAUUGCAUGGAAAAAUGUUUGAUUUAGAUAUACCAGUGUUUGAUUGCAUUGUAUCUUCUUCCGGUUCUUUUGCUAAUCUGCUUCUCAUCUUCUCAGGUGUUGGUGUUUCAAGAUUUCGGUGUGUGUCUCUUCUUCUCUUAUGCAGCAUCCGCGUUUGAAGCGUAGGCGUCAUGCCUCUUCUACUGAUGACGUUCCUACAUCAUCUGACGCCUCUUUCCCAGCGGGAAGUACCACUCACAGGCAAACUGCUUAUCGCGCCGCAAUCGCGCGUUCUAGGGUUCAGAGAGCAGUUCCUGGCCAUUCAAAUGUGUUCCAGCCUGUUAGUGUGCAACAAUUGGACCGUUCAACACCGGUUGAGUAUCUAGAUUUGGGGAGUUGUACGGAAGUAUGUGAGCAUUGUCAAGCGUUGUUUUGGUACGACGAAAGGCUGGUUUCGUCUCCGGUGAUUUUAGGGCCAAAAUACAACAAGUGUUGCAAGGGUGGUAGAGUUGUCCUUCCAUACCCAAUUCAGCCCCCUGACUUACUAAAGUUGUUGUAUGCGGAUCCGCACUUCAUGUCAAACAUUCGUGCUUACAAUGCUAUGUUCUCCAUGACUUCAUUUGGCGCGACCAUUGAUGAAGAUAUAAACAUUGGAGGUGGACCGUACGUAUUCAAAGUUGCAGGUCAAGUCUCGCAUUGGCUUGGUUCUUUAUGUCCACCUCCUGGUGAUAAACCUCGAUUCUUGCAAAUGUACAUAUUCGAUAGUGAAAAUGAGGUAGAAAAUCGUUUGCGGUUCUUUACCAACAAUGGAAGCGGGCAGUUGAAUCCCGAAGUUGUUAGCGCUUUGAGUCUGAUGCUUUCUGAUGUUAAUGGUUAUGUAAAGUUGUUUAAGUCUGCAAGAGAAAUCUGUUUGCAGUCCUCUGUCCCAAACUUUGUUAUAAAGUUGUUUAGUCGUGUCGCGGAUCGUCGCUAUGAUGCUCCAGCUCCUCAUAUGCUUGGUGCAAUCAUACGCGAAGGUAACAUGGGUGCUGCAGACUAUGAUAUCGUUGUAAAAAGUAGAGAAAACACGCCACAAAGGGUAAGCAAGUUGCAUUCGUCGUACAUGCCUUUACAAUACCCAAUUCUAUUUCCAACCGGCGAUAAAGGUUGGUCACCUGAGCUACACAUGCUUGAUGUAACAACACCGAAUGAUGAUGCUUUGUCUGUCGAAGAACGUAAUUUGACUCCGAUAAUGUAUUAUAGCUACCAAAUUCAUGAUCGCAGAGACACUUACACACAUCUGUUGAGGUCUGGUAGACUUUUUCAGCAGUAUUUGGUUGACGCUUACAUAUGCGUCGAGCACUGUCGCUUGGAAUAUAUAAGGACAAACCAAGAUGCUCUUCGUUGUGAGUUUUUAGAUGGAGUCCAAGAUGCAAUUUCUCGAGGUGAUGUUGAUGCACGAAAUGUUGGUAAACGUGUUAUCUUACCAGCAUCUUUUACGGGCGGCCCACGGUACAUGUACAAGCAUUACCAAGAUGCGCUUGCGAUAUGCCGAGUGUAUGGAAAUCCACAAUAUUUUAUCACCUUUACAUGUAACGUACGCUGGCCAGAAAUAAGUAGAGAAAUCCAACGUGUUGGUGCGUCCAGCGCUCAGGACAGACCAGAUAUAAUCGCUAGAGUUUUUCAGUUGAAGGUUCGAUCUUUCAUUAAGUACUUAAGGAAUGCUAAACCCUUUGGUGAUGUAACAGCUGAUCUUUACACCAUCGAGUUUCAAAAGAGGGGUCUUCCCCAUUGUCAUACAUUGCUCUGGGUCUCAGAUGCAUACACCGUGCGCACGCCUGCAGAUGUUAAUCGCUAUAUAUCCGCCGAACUUCCUGAUCGUGAUGCUGAUCCUAUGCUUUAUAGAAUCGUCGCUGAGUCUAUGUUGCAUGGUCCAUGCGGUACGGCAAGAAUGACCUCACCUUGUAUGGAGGAUGGCGUGUGCACAAAGAACUUCCCAAAGCCAUAUGAAACCGCCACUCGAUUUGACUCUGCUGGGUAUGUUCAUUAUAUGAGGGCUUCCAACUGUGAACCUUUCUUGAAAAAUGGCAUUCCCCUUGACAAUGGUUAUGUCGUUCCAUAUAAUCGAAACCUACUCCUACAUUUCGACGCUCAUAUUAACGUUGAGUACUGUGGAUGGAGUAUGCUUAUCAAGUAUUUGUUCAAAUACAUAGCAAAGGGAGCUGAUCGAAUCCGCUUUGCAUUGACUUCUGAUAGAGAUACGUCAUCAAAUGAAGUCAUCAAUGAAGUACCAGUGGUAGAUGAAAUACAGAAUUUCUUGGAUGCUCGAUUCAUUUGUCCACAUGAAGCUACAUGGAGAAUACUAGCGUUCCCGAUACAUCACAGAAACCCGCCUGUUCAAGUUUUGGCUGUCCAUUUAGAAGGUAAACAAAAUUUAACAUUCAAGCAAUCCCAACGCUUGAAUGACAUCAUGAACAAUCCUAACACAGGCAAAACAACAUUGACAGAAUGGCUUUCAAGUAAUACUUCUGAAAUGUUGUGUGGAAGUACAUCGUCAGUAGGUGGAUUAAAUCUUCGUUACAUAGAUUACCUGUCAAAGUUUAGAUGGGAUCUUACGAAAAAGAUGUGGGUUGCUCGCAAAUCUAGGCGCACACCUACAGUUGGAAGGCUUGCGUAUGUGCACCCUUCUUGCGGAGAGCUUUUUUACCUUAGAAUUUUGCUUACCUAUCAAAGUGGAUGUUGUUCAUUUGAAGAUAUUCGUAAAGUUUCUGGUACUGUUAUGCCAACUUAUCGGGAAGCGUGUGAGAAAUUAGGUCUUAUUGGAGAUGACAAAGAAUGGGAGACCACUAUUAGUGAGGCAGCGGAGUGGGCGUCUGGUCCCGAACUUAGAUCUCUUUUCAUGUAUCUGUUGAUGUAUUGUGAUGUGUCAAACCCGGCGAAACUAUGGGAGCAAAACUGGAGGUGCAUGUCUGAUGACAUAAACUAUCGUUUGCAACAACUCGGUUCCAGUUCUUCGUCUUUUGUCAACACUGAUGACCUUCAACAAUACGUAUUGUUUGAAAUACAAGUGUUACUGGACUCAAAUUCCAGCCCUCAAUCAGUUACUGAUUUCGGUCUUCCUGCAUUGGAUCCUACUAUUAUAUCAGCUUUGCAGAAUAGCCUUCUAUUGGAAGAGAAAAACUAUGACAGGCGUGCGCUACAAGAAGAACACAACUUGCUUCAUUCAGGGCUACAUCAUGAACAACUGCAUAUUUACAACUUAGUUAUGAGUUCUGUUGUAUCUUGUUCACAAAUUCUACUUUUUGUGUACGGUCACGGUGGAACAGGAAAAACGUAUUUGUGGAAAACAUUAAUCGCUGCUUUGAGAUCUACCGGUCGUGUUGUUCUUGCGGUCGCUGCCUCCGGUAUUGCCUCACUGUUGCUCCCCGGUGGCAGGACAGCGCAUUCAAGAUUUAAAAUUCCGCUUGAGCUUACAAAUGAUUCUGUUUGCAACAUAAAGAAAAAUACUAACCUCUGUGAAUUGUUGCUGGAAACUAGCCUUAUAAUUUGGGAUGAGGCGCCAAUGAGUGAUCGCCGGUGUUUUGAGUCAUUGGAUAAAACACUUCAAGAUCUUACGUGCAAUACAUCACAAUUAUUCGGUGGCAAAUCAGUACUAUUAGGAGGAGACUUCAGGCAAACAUUACCUGUAAAACCGAAGUGCACGAGAGCUGAAAUUAUUGAUUCGUGUUUACCACGGUCGUAUAUAUGGAAACACUUGACUGUUUGCAAGCUUUCCCAGAACAUGCGUCUUGCAACAUCGGCAGCUAAUGAGGUAGGAAAUCAAGAAGUUCAAGAGUUUUCCUCUUGGCUUCUACAAGUUGGAGAUGGUCAUGAAGGCGUGUUAAUAGAAGGACAAAAUAAAGAUGUACGCCAGAUAAAAAUUCCAAGUCAGUACUUGCUACAAGAGGGCGACAAUAACUUGCAACAAUUGAUCAGAUUCAUCUACAAUACUGAAUUGCUCACUUGUCCGACACCUGCUUUGAUUGCGGAACGAGCAAUAAUAUGCCCUAAGAAUGAUACGGUUCAAGAAAUCAAUAAUAUUGUGCAAGCCUUUACGCCUGGAGAGUGUGUCACAUACUAUAGUACAGAUUCUAUGGUUCCACAUUCUAAAAACGGAGAAGAAACAGAUGCAAUGUACCCGAUUGAAUAUUUAAACAUGCUUUCAUUUAACGGUGCCUUAUCAUGGAACACCCCGGAGUUUUUGAGCUAAGGCCUUCUAAAUCCGCGCCGACAAUCCAUGUACGAGUAUUGCGUUCAUGGGUACCAGAUUACAGGGAUAAUGAGCUGCACUUCCUACUGGUAGAUCAAGAGGGACUUGGAAUUCAAGCUGUCACAAAGGA